CCCAGCCCAGCGGCCCUGGGGUCUCUGACUGCGGCCGCGUGAGCUCGGAGCCGCCGCGAUGCCGAAAGCCAAAGGGAAAAACCGGCGCCAAAAGUUCGGCUACAGCGUCAACCGCAAGCGGCUGAACCGGCAGAGCCGCAAGCGGGCGGCGCCCCGUAUCGAAUGCUCCCACAUCAGACAUGCGUGGGACAGAACCAAAUCCGUGUCUCAGAACCUGGCUGAAAUGGGGCUGGCUGCAGACCCCAACAAGGCGAUUCCCAUCCAGAAAAGGCAGCUACCGGUGAUGGACAUGGAGGUUGAUGGCCAAGACAAAGGGAAGAGAGUCGUGCAGAAGCCUUACGUCCUGGACGAGCUGGAGUAUGAGGCCAGCCUCCCGGAGAAGAAGUCGGAGACGCUCUCCAGAGACCUUAUCGAUUAUGUGCAGUACAUGGUACGGAACCAUGGCGAGAACUACAAGGACAUGGCUCGCGAUGAGAAGAACUACUACCAGGACACGCCCAAGCAGAUCAAGAGGAAGAUCAGUGUGUAUAAGCGCUUCUACCCGGAGGAGUUCCAGGCUUUCACUGCAUCCCUGCAGCAGGUCAAGAUGGACCAGCAGUGACUGCUCCCACCCUGCCCUGUUGUACCCACCCGCAGCUGCAGGUCCUGUGCUGCCACUCCCCAGGCAACCAAGGGAAGAUUGCCUCUGCCUGCUGGUGCCAUUUCACCCUUCGCAGGCUGGGGCUCGCUGAACUAGAAGGUGGGAACGAGCGUGCGCUAGAACGGGCUCCUCCGUACGGCUGCUGGGGAGUCAGCUGCUGCCUCACCCUAGUGGGGGCGAAGGGAAGAGACCGUCUCUUGUGUCCUGCAGCUCCGAGUUACAAUAAACCAGCGUGAAUACACCCGA